CGUCAGCUGGUGUGGAACGGAGUCACUAGGCUAAUGCUAAAACUGUAACUUGGUGGUUUCGUUUUUAAAAAUCUGAUGCCUGAUACUGUCUAUAAUGUGAUUUAAAAGUAGGUGUUUGCUUUCAGAAAACAGUCCAGAAGAGGGUACAGUAUAUAGGUAAAGCUGGCUUACCAAAAUGAGCGUGGACACGUACGGACCGAAUUCGCAAACCCUCACGUUUUUGGACACCGAGGAAACCGAACUUCUUGGAGCUGACACGCAAGGUUCAGAUUUUGAUUUUACUGACUUUACACUACCCUCACAAACCCUGUCGCAGAGUCAGCAAUCUCAGCUAGAUGGUGGUCCAAGUCAGGUCAAUGGUGUCGAUAUUCCAACUCAAAAUGGAUUGGAAUCUGGUGUUAUGUCAAUCACGCAAGGAGUGGGAGAGCUUACAUUUGAGGAAGAGGAAGAAGAACAAUUCUUUAUGAAAGAUUUACCUAAACAUGCAUGCUCAUAUUGUGGUAUUCAUGAUCCAUCAUGUGUUGUAUUUUGUAAUGCCUCAAAGAAAUGGUUUUGUAAUGGACGAGGAAACACUUCUGGCAGUCACAUCAUCAACCAUCUUGUUAGAGCUAAAGCUAAAGAAGUAACGUUACAUAAAGAUGGACCACUGGGAGAAACAGUAUUAGAAUGUUAUAACUGUGGUUGUAGAAAUGUGUUUUUACUGGGUUUUAUACCAGCCAAAGCUGAUUCUGUUGUUGUAUUAUUGUGUCGUCAUCCAUGUGCUACACUAAGUAACCUAAAAGAUAUGAAUUGGGAUCCCACACAGUGGCUACCAUUGAUUCAAGAUCGUCAAUUUUUAUCCUGGUUGGUGAAAGUACCUACAGAUCAAGAUCAGCUAAGAGCUAGACAAAUAACAGCUCAGCAGAUUAAUAAGCUGGAAGAAUUAUGGAAGGAAAACCCAGAAGCUAAACUGGAAGAUCUAGAAAAACCAGGAAUAGAUGAAGAGCCUCAACAGGUUUUACUAAGAUAUGAUGACGCCUAUCAAUAUCAGAAUAUAUUUGGACCACUAGUAAAAUUAGAAGCUGAUUAUGAUAGAAAGUUGAAAGAAUCACAGACACAAGAUAAUAUACAAGUAAGAUGGGAUGUGGGUUUAAACAAGAAGAAGAUUGCUCACUUUCAACUACCUAAGGCAAAUGAUGAGAUGAAGUUAAUGCAUGGUGAUGAAUUAAGAAUACGAUAUAUUGGUGAUCAACAUAAAACAUGGUCUGGUGUUGGUCAUGUUAUUAAAAUACCUGAUAAUUUUACAGAUGAAAUAGCUAUAGAAUUAAAGAGUAGUGUAGGAGUACCCACAGAAUGUACACAGCAUUUUGUUGUGGAUUUUGUGUGGAAAUCAACUUCAUUUGACAGGAUGCAAGCAGCAUUAAAGACAUUUGCUGUAGAUGAAACAUCUGUGUGGGGGUAUAUUUAUCAUAAGUUAUUAGGACAUGAAGUAGAAGAUGUUGUAUUGAAAUGUCAACUACCAAAACGCUUCAGUGCUCCGGGAUUACCGGAACUCAAUCACUCACAAGUUUAUGCUGUUAAAACAGUUCUUCAACGACCUCUUAGUCUUAUUCAAGGCCCACCUGGAACUGGUAAAACUGUCACAUCUGCAACUAUUGUAUAUCAUCUAGUAAAACAGAUCAGUGGACCUGUACUUGUGUGUGCUCCAUCAAACAUCGCUGUUGAUCAACUUACAGAAAAAAUACAUCGAACUGGUCUUAAGGUUGUCCGUGUUUGUGCCAAAAGUCGAGAAGCCAUUGACUCACCAGUCUCUUUCCUGGCUCUGCAUAAUCAAAUUAAAAAUAUGGAAAGUGUGGCUGAAUUACAGAAGCUACAACAGUUAAAAGAUGUAACUGGUGAAUUAUCAUCAGCAGAUGAAAAACGUUAUAGAGCCUUGAAAAAGCAAUGUGAAAAGGAGCUUUUACAGGCAGCUGAUGUUAUUUGUUGUACAUGUGUUGGUACUGGUGAUCCCAGAUUGGCUAAGAUGCAGUUUCGAUGUGUCUUAAUAGAUGAAAGUACACAAGCAACAGAACCAGAAUGUAUGAUACCAGUUAUUUUGGGAUGUAGACAGCUUAUUCUGGUUGGAGAUCAUUGUCAGUUAGGUCCAGUUGUUAUGUGUAAGAAGGCAGCUAGAGCAGGACUGUCGCAGUCUCUAUUUGAACGUUUGGUUGUACUGGGUAUUCGACCUAUUAGAUUACAAGUACAAUAUCGUAUGCACCCUUCAUUGAGUGCUUUUCCUUCCAAUAUAUUCUACGAAGGUUCAUUACAGAAUGGUGUCACAGCAGGUGAACGAACUAUCCGAGCUUUAGAUUUUCCCUGGCCUACACCUGAUAAACCUAUGUUUUUCUACUGUACGUCUGGUCAAGAAGAAAUAUCUAGUUCCGGAACAUCUUAUCUCAACAGAACUGAGGCAGCUAAUGUAGAGAAAUUAGCUACAAGAUUUUUACGUGGAGGUAUUAAACCAGCACAGAUAGGUAUAAUAACACCAUAUGAAGGGCAGAGAGCCUAUCUUGUCCAGUAUAUGCAGUAUAAUGGAUCCUUGAAUAAAAAACUGUAUCAGGAAAUUGAAGUGGCUAGUGUGGAUGCUUUUCAAGGAAGAGAAAAAGAUUUCAUAUUGUUGUCAUGUGUUAGAUCUAAUGAACAUCAAGGCAUUGGAUUUUUAAAUGAUCCAAGACGUUUAAAUGUAGCUUUGACAAGAGCCAAGUAUGGUAUAAUUAUUGUUGGAAAUCCGAAAGUUUUGUCUAAGCAACCAUUGUGGAAUCAUUUGUUGACAUAUUAUAAAGAACAGAAAUGUCUGGUAGAAGGACCAUUAAAUAAUCUAAAGGAGAGUUUGAUUCAGUUUAGUAAACCCAGAAAACUAGUCAACACUACUAAUCCUGGUGGCCGAUUCAUGAGUAAUACCAUGUUUGAUGCUAGAGAAGUUUUGAUUCCUGGUAGUGCUUAUGACAGAACAAAUGUUGGCUAUCGCGAACCUGUUGUUAGAACACAUGAUCAGUUGAGUUUUAUUGGACCAGAGAGAGCUUAUUCUAGAGCUAAUAUGAAUUUACCAGUACCAGUUAAUAUGUUUUUACCACCUGUACCACAACCUUAUCAGCAACAGCCUUUACAACCAGGUAUGGCUGGUCGAGGAGGUAAAGUGCGUCGCCAGAAACCACCUAGGUACAGCAACAUGCAACAGACUGGAAUGUCUCAGUUUAGUUUACCUGGAAUGUCCCAAAGUCAGGCUAGUCAGGAUGCAUCACAGCCUUUCUCUCAAGGGCCAUUGACUCAAGGUAACAUGUCAAUGAGUCAGCAAUUUGCAGUGGGUCAACCUGGGUUAUCAGGCUUGUCUCAGCCAGAGCUAUCUCAGGACAGUUAUCUGGCUGAUGAUUUCAAAUCACAAGCUGAUGUGAUGUUAUCACAAGAUUCUACAUACCAAGGGGACCGUAUGUAUUAUACGUCCCAACUCUCCCAGGGCCCUUUCAACUAGAGCCACCAUCUGUUAACACCAUCAGGGUGAGAGUCAUGUGACCAGCGGAGAUAAACGGCAAUGAGACCAUCUGAAGUGUCUGUACAGCGUCUGCCAGGACAGAAUGCAUGGUGCAAAACAGUGCAAGGGGAGGUUAUCAGGCUUUCCAUUUGACAUCACCUUGGCUAAAAGGAAGCACAGCAGAGGCAAGGUAGACUAAGCCAACAGACACUGUCAUGAAGAAUAAGCAUAAGAUGAGAGCUGAUUGUUAACAUCUUACAGCCAUCAGCAGGCAAAAAGAAUUAUUUAGCCUGCAUGGUUUGCCGUUAUCUGAACUCACGGUUACUGGGCAGUUUGUAUCUUUCUUUCUUGAUUGAUUACGCUUCAGUUAAUAAAACUGAUUGUAUUCUAAUGUAUGGUUUAUUACAAUCAUUAGUUAAUCUACACUCUAAUUACACUGUCUUAUCUAGCUUGUGGUAUUUACUCAUAGUAGUAGGAGACACUUAACAACAAACAAUGCUAGAUAUCCUCUGAUUAGAUUUGUGUACAUAGAUAAUUAAACAAUAUUUUGACACAACAGAGUCUAUAAUUAAAAUUUGAUUAAAUUAGAAUUUGAAACCGAAACUAUGAAUUGAUUUGAUCGAAAUAAAAUAAUUUUAUCUGAUUGGUUUUAUGAUUUUCAAAAUUAAUUCUGUAAUUUCAUUGUUAUUUUUCUAAAGAAACGUUAUAGUGAAGUUAGAGUUUAUUAAUCUUUGAGCACCAUAUGGUUAAUGGAGUUAGGGUAGGCAAUCACUAUUUAGUGGAGAUUGGUCCAACUUGGACAGCUUCUCUGUCUUUCCCCAGGGUUCUAUUGCACAAAGAGAACACAAGACUUGUAUAUAGACCAAAGUUGGAUAUUGCUCGAUGGUUGUUUGAUCUGUUGCCACUGUGAGUUCAAGUAUGUAACGUAUAAACAAGUAGUAGGACCACCUUUCUAUGUAUGUGCCAGAACGACCUACAUGUGCUAAAUGGAUGGAUGACGUUUUUCUCUUUGUGCAGUGCAACCCAUGCAUUGGAGGAGGAUUGACAGUCAAUAUAUCAUUUCAUUUAUGACAAUAACUCUAGGUAAAACUAAAUUUAGAGGUACAGGUACUUUUUAUUUUUGGCAUUUAUUUUUUUUUUUUUUUUUUUUUUUUUUGGGCAAAUUGUGGUAUAUUAAGUUGGUCAAGUAAGAAAACAUGUUGGACAAAUAUUACAGAAGUUCAUCUUUACUAUAAAUAUUUUAAUUACUAUAGUACAUUACAGCCAUUUUAAAAUCGGUUGAACAAGAGUGUUUAGAAGUAGGUUAAAUUUGUGUUUGAUUUUUUUUUUUUUAUCAUUUAUAUGUACCCAGUAAUAGCCGUCUCUAGUUAACUCAAAUACAGUUUGAACUCAAUACUUUAAAUUUAUAUUUAAUUAUGGAUGAAUUCUGUAUAUUUUUUACUCCUGAUAGGUUAGUUUGGCUGAUUAUUUUGAUUUUUUCUUGCAAUCAAUUCUAAUUAAUUCCUAUUGUAAUGAUUAACAUUAAUUAUUUAUUUCAGAUAUUUUUAUUAUAUUAUUUUGUGUGGUUCACAGGUUCAGAUUGAAUAUCUAUAAGUAUAGUAUGUGUUCUUACAUGUUUUGAAUGCUGUAUUGGAAAUGUGUUUUCAAACGUUUAUAUUAUGCUUGAGUUUUUACCAAGUAUUUGCACUUUUCUUAGUUAUAUAAUGCUUGUAAUAAAAUGGUUAAGGUCAAACUAAAAAUUUAGUCUGUUUUAC